AUGGAAGCUCGAAUGGCAGACUAUGAGGUUAGAGCACGCCGGAACAACCUGCGGCUGCGGGGAGUUCCGGAAUCCAUCCUUCAAGAUGAACUGCCAAUUUUUGUAAGAGGCCUUCUACAUGCUUACGCACCCGAUAUCCCGGCAGACAUGCUCCUAGUUGACAGGGUGCACAGAGUCCCGAAACCCAGUUACUUACCUGACUCCACGCCCCGCGAUGUCCUCAUUAGGGCACACUUCUACCAUAUUAAGGAACUUAUUCUCAAGACGCAUCGUAGUAAACCAAACCCCCACGAGGAAUACCCCACGGUGCGCAUUCUGGCAGACCUCUCCGCAGCAACCCUUAGGAAAAGAAGAGAAUACCAGCAAGUCACGACGGAACUGAGAAACCGAGGGCUCAGGUACAGAUGGGGAUUUCCCACUAAAUUAAUCGUCACACGGAAUGGCGACACGAAAAUCCUAUCCAACCCUGAGGAGGGCAUAAAGACGCAAGCGGAGUGGGGCCCACUCUGCUCCAUACCUAAAGACACUCAACGUUCCCUUGGACAAGGCCGCAGGUCACAGGCGGACUAA